GUGCUGUUUUUGACCUUGAGGAAAAAAUCAACUUUGCUGUAUUCCCAGCGCUUCAAAGUGGUCCUCACAAUAACAAGAUCGGUGCUCUAGCUGUUGCAUUGAAGCAGGCUAUGGCUCCUAGCUUCAAGGUUUAUGCAAAACAGGUGAAAGCCAAUGCUGCAUGCCUAGCAAACUACUUGAUGGUCAAGGGAUACUGUAUUUUAACCGGUGGAACUGACAACCACCUCAUUCUCUGGGAUCUUCGCCCUCUUGGAUUAACCGGUGACAAGCUUGAGAAGCUCUGCGAUUUGUGCUACAUAACAUUAAACAGGAAUGCAGUAUUUGGAGACACUAGUUUUCUUGCUCCCGGAGGUGUAAGAAUUGGUACACCCGCGAUGACCUCAAGAGGAUUGGUGGAGAAAGACUUUGAGAAGAUAGGAGAGUUCUUGAGCCGUGCCGUGACACUCACGUUGGAGAUCCAGAAUCAGUACGGUGAGCUGACGGAAGACUUUAACAAGGGUUUGGUGAACAACAAGGAGAUGGAUGAGCUAAAGGAUGAUGUCGAGAAGUUCACAUACUCUUUUGGAAUGCCUGGAUUUGUCAUCUCUUAGACGACUAAGUACGAUUAGAGAUCUCUCUCAGUCUCUCUCUCUGUAAUCUUUCUAUUUUUAUCAAUGUGCUUUUUUAGAAGCAAAAAACAAUAAUAAUAAACCACUUAUUUUUUAUUUUAAUUUUUUUUUGUUCAUGAAAAAAAAUUAAAAAAAAAAUGUCAAGGACAAAAAAUUGGGACGACGACGACGACGAUUUUACAGAGGAGCAGCUUCUGGCUAUCGACGCAAUCGAAGCUUCCUAUAAACUCUCCCACUCUUCUUCUUCUUCUUCUUCUCCGGCCGUAGGGGCUAUAACCUCCGGCCAUGGGGACGAGGUUCCACAUCAUCAAAUCCCUAAUAAUAAUAAAAUCCGCCGCGAAUUGCCUCGUUCCAUCACUUCUCCUGCAGCUUAUAAACGAUUUCCCCUCUCUCGUUGCCGAGGUAGGAAUUUUCCAGCGAUGAGGUUUGGUGGUAGGAUUUUGUACAGUAAGACUGCUAGUGAGGUUGAUAGGCGAGCAAUGCAGCUUCUUAAGGUUCUUGAUACCAAGAGGGAUGAAUCUGGAAAAGCUAUUGUUGGCUUAGAUAUUGAGUGGAGACCUAGUUUUAGAAAAGGUGUUCUCCCUGGGAAGGUUGCAACUGUCCAGAUAUGUGUAGAUAAGAAUUAUUGUGAUGUUAUGCACAUUGUCCAUUCCGGUAUCCCACAAAGUCUCCAACAUCUUAUUGAGGAUUCAACACUUGUCAAGGUAGGUAUUGGAAUUGACGGUGACUCUGUGAAGCUUUUCCAUGACUAUGGAGUGUCCAUCAAAGAUGUUGAGGAUCUUUCAGAUUUAGCCAACCGAAAAAUUGGUGGAGAUUCAAAAAAAUGGGGCCUUGCCUCACUAACAGAGACACUUGUCUGUAAAGAGCUCCUGAAGCCUCACAGAAUCAGGCUUGGGAACUGGGAGAUUUAUCCUCUAUCGAAGCAGCAGUUACAAUACGCAGCAACAGAUGCUUAUGCUUCAUGGCAUCUUUACCAGGUUCUAAAGGACCUUCCUGAUGCUGUCAAUGGCUCAUGACGUGAAGGAGGAAGCUCAAAGAUUUUCCUAUAACUCCAAGAGUGAGCAUCAAAUGUUAUGAUACAUUUAAUCUUGUCCAGUGGAUAAAAUUCUUGAAGGAUUUACAAAAGAUUUUUAAUUUAUGGUUGAUAUAAGAUUCAAUAAGUCCUGGUACGAUUAAUCAGCCAGAUACUAAUUGUAAGCUCUUCGUAGAUUGAUGUACCUAUUGGUACA